UCCGUAUCCGACGUCGUCUUGCCCCGCUUGCGUGCCGGUAGUAAAAUCGUUUGCGCGCGCGCCUGUAUGUAAGUGUGUGUGCGCGUACACUGUGUAUGCUUGUUCGUAUGUGUAUGCGUGCGCGCUGUGUGUGAUAACGACCGACAGACACACUUUGUUCUAUUCGUGUUCGACGCGCGCGAUGCGUCCGAUCUCGUUCGCCGUCACCGCCGUCGUCUGAAUUCGAUCGCGCUUUUUCCUGAUAUUUUUUUUACACAUUUUUUUACAUUUUUUUUCCACGUAUCUCGCCCAUUAUCGCGCACGCACACUCUCGUACUCAAGCGACGACCGUCUGCCUUUCAAAUAUUAUACACCAGUCUAUGUUUUUUUGAAAAAAAUAACAACAUCAACAACAACAACAAUAAUAAUUUAAUAAUAUAACCGAUAUAGUAAAGACCACACAGCUUUUGGCCCCGCAUGCCGCAACAUGUCCUACCGCUCGCUGGCCGCCGACCGCGUGUACAAAGCGACCACGGACGACCUGCAGCCGGAGCGGAAGAACUCGGUCGGUACGGUUUUUAAAAAGGCUUUCGGCACGCUAAGCUCCAGCCCCCGGCGCAGGCUGUCCGAGCCGCUUAUGUCCGGCGUGCCCGUAAUCGGCACCGGAAACAUCAACACGCCGCUCAGAAAAAUGCCCACGUCUGCCAUAUCCGAAGAAGCGUCGCUGCUCAGUGGCAUGCGGUCGGAGACUUUGGAGGAAGUGGAACUUACCGGCGUCCGUCCGUCGCUACCUGCCGUCCGGACGUUUACCAGGGGCAACACCGGUGUGGAAGAGGUGUACGUGGACACCGAUAAUGGGCCGGUGUGCGUGGCCGUGCAGGGCGAUCGGUCCAGGCCACCCAUACUCACUUACCAUGACUUAGGACUGAACUACGUCACAAGCUUUCAGACAUUCUUCAAUUAUAGUGAAAUGCGCACCCUUAUGUCAAAUUUCUGCGUGUACCACGUGAACGCACCCGGACAAGAAGAAGGAGCAGCACCGUUAUCGGAUGAUUACGUUUUUCCUAGUAUAGACGAGUUAGCGAACCAGUUAGAUCACGUUUUAAGAUAUUUCGGUUUGCAAUCGAUCGUCGGACUUGGAGUGGGAGCUGGUGGGAACAUUUUGGCGCGGUUCGCUUACAGACAACCAACAAAGGUUGAAGCGCUAUGUCUGAUCAACGUGGUGUCAACGCCGGCCGGUUGGAUCGAGUACGGUUAUCAAAAGCUGAACAGCAGAUACUUAAAAUCCAAAGGCAUGACACAAGGGGUGAUGGACUAUUUGAUGUGGCAUCAUUUUGGAAAAGGAACCGAGGAAAGGAACCACGAUCUGGCCAGAGUGUACCGUGAGUACUUCGAGCACAGCGUCCACCCGGGCAACCUGGCCGCAUUCAUCGACUCGUACGUGAGACGGACGGACCUGGGCAUCAGCAGGAGUACGCCCACAUCCGAGUCAUGCCCAGCCGGCCGCAGGCUCAGCAUGACCACCACGUUGCAGAUGCCAAUCAUCAACGUGUGCGGAGCUCUGUCGCCGCACCAGGAGGACACGGUGACGCUCAACUCGAGACUGGAUCCGACCAAGUCGUCGUGGAUGAAGGUAUCCGACUGUAGCAUGGUGCUGGAAGAGGUACCACAAAAAAUGUGUGAAGCGCUGCGGCUUUUCUUGCAAGGACUCGGUUACGCUGUGAGACUCGGCCGGCCACCGUUGACCGUAUCCAGAUCGGCUGAAGUGAUAUCGAAAUCCAUAAGACAGUCCACGUCCAAAGACAGCGUUCGCAGCUCGCCGUGGCCGUUCAGAAUCACCGAAAACCCGCUGACGGCAUGAUGACAUGAUACGUCUAAGGCGAUUAUGUUAUCAGCGUGCGCAGGUCGUUUGGUGGCGAGGCGGCAGGUUGGUGCUAUAGCAACAGUUCUACAAUAAUAAUAUUAUAGGUAUACGCAUAUAUAUAUAUAUGUAUUAUAUAUAUAAGAUGACAUGACAUAAAAUGUGCACUCGUCCAGUUUCGCGGCGUGAGCGAGCAUCGCAAGUGAGCCGUUGAAAAAAAUGUCAAAAAUAAACCGAACCGUUUACCGAUUAGUACCUAUAGUCGAAAAAGGACAAAUAAUAAUAUUAUUGUAUAGUUUAUAAUAGGUAUAUAAAUGGUCAGGCUAGUUUGUUUUUUUAGACGAUUUUAUAUCUAUAUAUAUAUUAUAAAAUAUAUGUAUAUGGUGUAUACCUGAAUAUAAUAUUAUAAUAAUAACCAGUUAUAUAUGUAAUGACGUUAGGGAUAUUGAGACUCAUAUCAUCAAAAAAAGCUUCAGAUGUAGUUUUUGCUAAGCGGAGAAAAAACUCCGUACAUAUUGUUAUGUUUAGGUACGCCUAAAAAUUAAAUUAAAUUAAUAUAUUAUUAUAAUAAUAAUCGUUAAUGAAUAAUGAAAAAAAAAAAUGACGAGAUUAACGAGUUAGUUUAAUAGACUGCACAAACACCUGCGCUUUUUUAUUGUUUUUUUUUUAUUUAUAUUUUACGUUGUUGAUUAUUGAUGUUAAUAAUAGUUUGUUAAGUGUUGCUGUUAUUUAAUCAGAUAUAUUGUACACAUCGCGGAUGUUAUGUACCGUUCUGUAUGAUAUAAAGAUGGAUUGUGAUAAGUAACAAUAUAUAACAAUGAAAUUUAUAACUAUACA